GACUCACCUGAGUAUCAGAAGUCAUACAGCACGGCAGAGAAGUCACACCUGGAUCAGCGCUACACAGGUGAGGUUAUUAUACUUUGUUUUUUAUAUGUACUGACGCAAUCUUCCUUCAAGAAACUCACAUUGGACCUAAAAGUUACAAUGACAUAAAUGAAGUGAGAGGUUGGAUCUCUUACUUUACUGUUUACUCUCCAAAUAGCAAAGGAGUGGCCAUACAGGUGAAUAAAAACAUACCACACUAUGAGUACAUCUGCCAUGAUGAAGAUUACACUGGUGGCUACAUUAUGCUGUUCUGUCGGCUGUAUGGUAAACACUUCACUAUUGUGAAUGUGUACAAUCAUAAAGAAGACAAGAAAGUACUGAAGAGGCUGUCACAGUAUCUUCAGGAUAUGGCCCCUGGCAUCUUAGUGAUUGGAGGGGAUUUCAACAGUCCUUGACCCUGACUUUGACAGGAUCUCUGCAUCUGAACAUAGACAGCACACAGCCUUGAGGCCUCAUCUGGAAGAGUUCAUCUCCUUUCGGAACCUAGUGGACAUCUGGGCAAGACUACACCCAAAAGAGCAAGCCUUCACUCACUCUCAGAACACCAGCUACUCCCGGUUAGAUAUGUUCUUCAUGCAACAGGACAAAGCCACAUGUGCUCAGAUUUGUGAGAUUCACACUGUUCCAGGGAUUUCAGAUCACAACCCUGUGUCUCUGAAGAUCCACAUUCCUAAAAUAGGAAGUAUGUGAACAGAUGUUCAUCAAAAGCUGAGGAUGUUAGGAGAUAGCAGAAUACAAGACAAGAACAAAUUAGAUAGAAGAGCAGGAAAAAUAAGUGGAGCGGAAGUCCUUGUGGCAAUGAAAUCCUUGACCAACUCAAAUGGAUCAAGGGAUGAGAACCUCAUGAAAACAGAGAUAUUGAAACAUUAUUACAAUGAAAUACUCAGCAAGAAAAUAAAAAUACCUGCAAAAUUCAAGAAGGUACUGAACCGACCAUACAAAAUAUUUGCCACAAUACUUGCCAAUCGUCUGCAGAUGUACCUAGCACCCUCGUUUAGAGGAAGGAUUCAAAUACCACCACAAGAGCAUGCCAUACAAAGUUUCCCUGGCCAGGCAACCAUCGAUUAAGUGGGUAUUCUUAAGACAAGCCCUGGCGUCCAUUGGCAUAAUUAAGUCUCCCCCUAGAGACUUCACAAUCCUAAAGCAGGUGCUUCCUCUGGAUUUAAACAUUUUGUGGAAGUUACUCCCAAUGGUUGAAGGUUCCUGGGGUCACAAAAUAAAACUAAAGCAUCAAUGCCCCCUCACCCCAGCACUACUCUACCUGUGUCUGAAGUACAUGCAGCACCGAAUCCAGAAGACAGGCACAGUCCUUAGUGUUAGAGUCUUUUUAUCCACAUGGAACAAGAGAAACUACCUUCUGUGGUCAAACUGCUCUCUGAAAUCAGAAAAGAGUCUGACC